AAGAAGAAUGUUUGCUGUGCGGCGUAGUGAACAAAGUGCUAAUAAAUACCAUGAAGCAAAGUUGUCAGUAAAUACAUGGGCAUUCUACCACAGAGUUAGUCUCGUGACUCGUGGUCCCAUUGUUGUAAUAGGCUAUACUGUACGGUACAGUGUUUUCGCCUAUUACUGUCUAUGCUGAGCCAAUCCAAUUACGGCCACGUGUUUGUGUCCCAGCCAUUUUCCCAGACUGUUGCGACUAUCACCUGUCAAUCACUCUUCAGCUAACUGUACUAGAACUUGUAGCUAGAGAGCCAGCCGGACCAGAGUUAACAUGGACAAGAAAAAAACAACCUCCAAAAUGAAAAGGUGCUGCUGAGAAGUUGAGAGACAAAAAAAAAUAAAAAAUCUCUUGAGGAAGUGGCAGCCAUAAAUAAGAAAACAACGGAGUUAUUUGGCGGUCGCUCGAGUUUACCUACCGCCACACAGGAGUCCGUUGCCAGCACAAGCCACGGUGAGACUGGCCCUCAACCACUGGAUAUCGACAAACACCAAAGACCUAGUGAUAUAAUGGCCAGCAUGCAUCUUCCAGAGGGGAUUCCCGUGAGGACUGUGACACUCAAAUUGUCUACAGUUCAGUGAUUGUCGAAGUGUGGUAUGGGUACCACGAAUGUUACGCCGGCUUCCUCUAUUGGACUAUACUAUCACUAUGUACUUUCAACAGUCCUGGCGAGACAAGCGUCUCUCAUACACUGGCAUUCCCCUCAACCUCACACUCGAUAACCGGGUGGCUGACCAGCUGUGGGUCCCUGACACAUACUUUAUUAAUGACAAGAAAUCUUUCGUCCAUGGGGUGACAGUGAAGAACCGAAUGAUCAGAUUGCACCCUGAUGGAACUGUGCUUUAUGGUCUCAGGAUCACCACAACAGCUGCCUGCAUGAUGGAUCUGCGUAGAUACCCUUUGGAUGAGCAGAACUGUACACUGGAAAUUGAAAGCUAUGGAUAUACAACUGAUGAUAUUGAGUUCUACUGGCAGGGGGGAAGCAAUGCAGGAUCAGUAACUGGGGUGGAGAACAUUGAGUUGCCCCAGUUCUCAAUCAUAGACUACCAAACACUUUCCACUAAAGCUGUUUUUGCCACAGGGUCUUAUCCACGACUUUCACUGAGUUUCAAGCUGAAACGAAACAUUGGUUAUUUCAUCCUGCAAACCUACAUGCCCUCCAUCCUGAUCACCAUCCUGUCAUGGGUAUCGUUCUGGAUCAACUAUGAUGCCUCUGCUGCCAGAGUGGCUUUAGGUAUUACUACGGUGCUGACCAUGACCACCAUCAAUACCCACCUAAGGGAAACACUUCCAAAGAUUCCAUAUGUCAAGGCAAUUGACAUCUACUUGAUGGGCUGCUUUGUCUUUGUUUUCCUGGCUUUACUGGAGUACGCCUUUGUCAACUAUAUCUUCUUCGGUCGAGGUCCUCACCUGCAGAAGAAAGUGGCAGAAAAGGCAGCAAAGUCCAACAAUGAGAAUAAGAGCAGAAUGGAGAGCAAUAAAAUACAGGUUGAUGUUCAUGGAAACAUCCUUCUGACCAACCUAACGGGUGAGAUGGGUGGAGGUGAUUUGAUUGGCUCUCUGAACGACCCCCGGGCCACAAUGUUCUCCUAUGACAGUGCCAGCAUACAGUAUCGCAAGCCUAUGACCAGUCGCGAUCUGUACGGACGGAUGGCCGUUGAGAGGCCAAUGGGACACAAGAAGGGCCAACUGAGGAGGAGGGCUUCGCAACUCAAAGUCAAGAUCCCUGACCUCACAGAUGUCAAUGCCAUAGACAAGUGGUCACGUGUUGUUUUCCCAAUCAUGUUUACCUUCUUUAACCUGGUCUAUUGGCUUUACUAUGUCCACUAGGUUUGUGAUUGGAAGUCUGUGUGGCAGACCAGAUACUGUACAUUAGGAAAGCUACAUUGUCCAUAUGCUAAGAUAACAUACUAUAAUAAUAAUAAGUGGCACAUUCUGCCCAUUUGUAUGAAUCCUGUAUAAGAAAAAAAGAAGUAAUGAACGUCUUUAGAGUGUAAAUACAGUUAAUAAUCAGUAUAAUCAAUUAUUUCAAUACUUUUGCUCUACAGAUCCAGCCACAAGUUAAUAUUGUAUAGAAUUUAAGACAUGGUAAGUACUGUUAAUGGUAUUUCUGUGUACAAACAGGCCAACAAUACUCAAUCUUACUGUACACAGAAGUCAGCUUUAAUUUGUUUCCAGGGUAACACAAAAAUGUAGAGAAUGAAACUAAGCCCAGGGCAAAAACAGUGGGUAACUUUAAUUUUAAUUUGAAACCAAUGGUUCUAUUUUGUUAUGUUAGGGUGUAUCAAAGACAUCAAAGCACUGUCAGAAAACCUAAACCUGUGAAUACAACAAAUAACAAAACAAAACAAAACAAAAAACAUGGCUUUUUAUUCAUAUGUACAGUAUCCCCCAGAAAUACAUUGGAUGUUUUCUGCCACAGAGGCUGCUGAGAGAGAGAGAGCAUGCAUGUGUGUGAGCAUGCAUGUGAGCAUUAUGUUUCUUUAUUUGGUUCACAUUUUUGUGUGUUUAAUAAAGUCGAAAAAUAGGUCAGAUACAUUUUGGUUGUCCACAAUAAUGCAUUUCUGGUUUUCUUACAAUUGCGCUGAGUGCAUAUGGGUCAUUUUCAUAUAUUUUGAUCGAUAACGAUAAAAGCAAGGCCCACUGAAUUUCUUUUUGAAAAUCAAUUAAUGUUAGUAAUGAGUAUUUGAAUUAUUUUUCACUCAAGCUCUCUUUACAGUAAAUCAGAAUCAUCCUUAUUUUGCCAAGUAUGUCCAAAAAACACAAGGAAUUUGUCGCCGGUAAUUGGAGACGCUCAAGUACGACAACAGACAGUCAAUUGACAGACAAUACUUUUGAGACAUAAAGACAUUGAGAAAAACAGUCAC